GGUUAGAAAAUUAUGAUUAUGACUCAUAGAUAUAUUUGACUUUGACGUUUAUUUUGAAGUUUUGUAGUUAAAGAAUAGAAAAUUAAAAUACUCAACAAGAAAAAUGGCUCAAGAAGUAGAAGAGACCAUGAAGAGAAUCCAAUCCCACAAAGGAAUUGUAGGGACCAUAGUAGUGAAUUCAGAAGGAGUUCCAAUAAAAACUACUUUGGAUAAUACAACAACAGUGCAGUAUGCUGGAUUAAUAAGUUCUUUAGCAGAUAAAGCAAGAAGUGUGGUUAGAGAUUUGGAUCCAUCCAAUGACCUUACAUUUUUAAGAAUUAGAUCAAAGAAACAUGAAAUAAUGGUAGCUCCGGAUAAGGAAUUUAUACUAAUAGUUGUGCAGAAUCCUACCGAUUGAUGAAAGAUGAUGUGCUAAUAAAUUUUUUUUUAUUUAAAUUAUUAAAAUACAUUCUAAUCUUCAGUCCACUUGGAUUUAUGUUUUUUAUAUAAUAAAUAUAGCCUAAUUUAGGGAAUA